AUGGUCCGCAAGAUCGUCGUCGUCGGCGUACGCUAUUACGAGGACCCAUUCUACAAACAUGUGACUGGCUCGAGCGGGCCGCCGGCGGGAUGCGGCCACCAGAGGAACAGGUCCUUAGACUCUGUCCUCCAACGGAUACCGGAGGACAUGACGCCCACGUCACCGCAGGGGGCGCAGCUGUGGCUGCCCUUGGACGCGCCGGGGCCUAGACUAGCCCUGCCCGCGAAGGUGCCCGCCGGCUCGGACGACUCCGGCAUACACACCCCACCAGACCCCAACGACGAGGACAGACCCCAACCCCCCGCGGCGGCCAGGUCGCGAGAGAGCCUAGACUCGGGCAACCCGGAGGAGACCGACAAACCGCCCGAGCCCCCGGACACCCUGCCCACAACGAGCGACAUCUCCACAGCGGAGACCUCGAAGAACAAGGACUUCCUUCUGCGCCUCUUCGAGAGCAAGCUGUUCGACAUGAGCAUGGCGAUAUCAUACCUGUUCAACUCCAAGGAGCCCGGCGUCCAGAUGUACCUCGCCAACAAGCUGUUCUCGUUCCCCCACGAGGACGUCGACUUCUAUCUGCCCCAGCUGGCGACGAUGUACAUCGAGAUGGGAGACGUGGCGGACGUGCUCCGCCCCUACCUGGUGCACAGGUGUAAGCAGAGCGCCGAGUUCUCGCUGAGGCUCGCGUGGCUUCUCACCGCGUUCGGCGGCGAUGCGAAGCGAUCGAAAGCGACCAAGCUGCGCGAUUCUAUCCUCGCGGAGGAGAUCAGGCCGGCGGCGAGGCGCGGCCACCACAGAUCCCAGUCGGAAGCCCGGGGCCACCACAGGUCCCAGUCGGACGCCUCCGCUCUUAGGGUUGCCACGCCCUCUGGACGGCACUUGGGCGACCUGGCGUCGGGCAGGGCGUUCGACAACGGCUGCCUCUGCGGCGAGCAGUGCUCGUGCGGCGCGCCCCGCCUAGCCCCACAGACACAGUUCCUGACGGCGCUGACGAACAUCGGCCGCCGUCUCGCCGGCGUCGCGGACAAGCAGUGCCGGAACGGCUGGCUGCGCGCCGAGCUGGCGGACCUCGACCUGAACCUGCCGGCGCGCGUCUGGCUGCCGCUGCACAAGCGGCCCCACCACGUGCUCCGGAUACCGUACCACGCGGCGGCCGUGCUGAACAGCAAGGACAAGGCGCCGUACAUAAUGUACGUGGAGGUGCUGGAGACGGAGGGGCACGAGCCGCUGCCGCCUCGCCUCCUGCCGCCCGCGCCGCCCGCCCCCCACUCGCCGCCCAUACGGCACACGAAGAGCGAGGAGAACCUGGUGCCCGAGUGGCCCGCCCUAUCGCUCUACAGCGGUCUCGACGACGCGGACGCGGGCGACUGCUGGAGCCACGAGGAGGAGGAGCUCGGCGCUCAGUACGCGGCGAGGGCGCCCGCACCGGACAGCGUGUCGCAGAUGUCCGGCAUGUCGGUCGCGUCUGCGCAGUCGACAUCGUCGUGCGGAUCGCGCGAGUCUCUGGCGGUCGGUGCGGGCGAGGUGCGGAGGCGGUUGGCGGACGCGACGGCGGCGCCGCCGCCCAACGAGUUCCGUCACGACCCCGCCGACCCAUCAGCUCUCGCCCUUAAGGAGUCGUGGGAGAGCAAGCUGGCGCGUAUGCGGUCCUCCUCCCAGUACGGCGCUCUAAGCGGCUGGCGGCUGCUGGGCUGCAUAGUGAAGGUCGGCGACGACCUCCGCCAGGAGCUGCUCGCCGCGCAGCUUUUGCGGCGGCUGCGUGCCGCCUGGGCGGCGGAGCGCGUGCCGCUGCGCCUCCGACCGUACGAGAUCGUGUGUUUGGACCGCGAGUGCGGACUCAUACAGCCGGUGCUGAACUCUGUGUCGCUGCACCAGAUCAAGAAGCAGUCGGGCAAGUCUUUGCGCGCGUGGCUGGAGCUGGAGCACGGCCCGCCCAACAGCGAGGGCUUCCUCCGCGCGCAGAACAACUUCGUCGAGUCGGCGGCCGCGUACGCGCUCACCAGCUACCUGCUGCAGCUCAAGGACAGGCAUAAUGGGAACAUUCUGUUGGACAGCGCUGGCCACAUAAUACACAUCGAUUUCGGAUUCAUAUUCUCGACGUCGCCGAAGAAUCUCGGCUUCGAAAGUUCGCCAUUCAAGCUGACGCAGGAGUUCGUGGAGGUGAUGGACGGCGAGGGUUCCGACAUGUUCGAGUAUUUCAAGAUCCUGAUCCUGAAGGGUCUGAUCGCCGCUAGGAAACACUGCGAACAGAUCAUACAUCUCGUCGAAAUUAUGAGAAUGGGGGGUCAAUUGGCGUGCCUCCGUAGCAGCAGCGCGGUGUCAUCGUUCCGCGCGCGCUUCCACGAAGGGCGCACCGAGCCGCAACUGCAGGCGCUCGUAGAGCGGCUCGUCCGCGACGCGCUACACUCGCUGUCUACGCGCCUCUACGACAACUACCAGUACUACACCAACGGCAUACUA